GCACUAUACUUCUCAGCGCUGUCUUUUGAUUACCGUAUUGAAGCUUUUUAAAAAAGCCGAUAGAUUUAACUUGCCUCUUCUCCGAACGACUAUAUGCCUUUAGUAUCUUGUCCAAUAUGUCUGCAGUCUGUUUUGGCGGAGAACAUCAAUAAACAUCUGGACAGCGGCUGCAGUAUUCAUGUGGCACCUAAAGGAGAACCCUCAUCUCGACUCAACAACAUAGCACCCAAGAAGUUGGCACCCAUAUUCAGCCAGAGCCAUGACAAACACACCAGCACUGUGGCUGACGGCCCUUUAGCACCUCCAUCGAUGACCCAAUACACGCCCACUACCUCCAAGAAACGAAAGUUGCAGGUGUCAUCGAUAUCAAGCAAACCCUCAAAGGGCACAUCUUCUAACCUUAAGUCUGCCGUGCCUCUUGCGGAAAGGGUUCGCCCACAAUGCCUGGAUGAAUUUUGCGGGCAGAAGCACUUAACUGGCCCCGAGUGUCUUCUGACGAGUAUGGUGGACAGUGGUAAUAUUGGCAGUCUUGUAUUAUGGGGGCCACCUGGCUGCGGGAAGACCACUUUGGCAAGAUUAUUGGCACGAAACAUGGAUUGUAAUUUCAGGGAGCUAAGCGCGACUUCUUCUGGUACGAACGAUGUUCGCGCAGUGCUCGAAGAAGCCAAAGUAACACUUUCAUUAACCGGAAGGAAAACAAUAUUGUUCUUAGAUGAGAUACACCGUUUCAGCAAGGCGCAACAGGACGUCUUCCUUCCAUAUAUCGAGAAAGGCCAAAUACAGAUGAUUGGAGCAACAACCGAAAAUCCGUCAUUCAGGCUGACAGGCGCCUUGCUAAGUCGUUGCAGAGUGUUAGUACUUGAGCGCUUGACAAACGAUGACAUCCGAGGUAUUAUCUCUAGUGCUGUAGAGCGAGUCUUGACAUCCGUCCCUCGUGAUUGUGAACAACCGGAAUCCGAAAGAGCGGCAAGUCCGGCGGUCGGUGCAGAAUCUAUGACAUCGCAAAAUCCGCUGUUUCAGUUUCAGCCCUCGCAAGCGCUUAUUGGUUGCGGUGGUCCAUCUCUGCCGUACACCCAACUCACAGACCGUGUCAUCUCUUCCAUUGUAUCUCUUUCUAUGGGAGAUGCCCGGACUGCGUUAUCUUUACUAGAGCUUGUUCUGGCUUCUAAACCAGAUAGAGAUGAACAUGCCCUUCUCGCAUUAUUACGCCAAAGUGUCUCUGCUUCUUACGACCGUGUAGGGGAAAACCACUACGACAUGAUUUCAGCGCUUCACAAGAGCAUCCGUGGCAGCCACGGUAGUGCUGCCAUGUACUGGUUAGCACGCAUGCUGACAGGAGGAGAGGACCCGUUGUAUAUCGCGAGAAGAUUGGUGGUCUGUGCAAGCGAAGAUAUCGGGUUGGCUGAUGCGCGCGCCCUUCCUUUAGCAAUGGCAGCUCUUCAAGCUUGCCAGGUUAUUGGCAUGCCCGAGUGCCGAAUCAAUCUAGCACACUGUGUAGGUUAUUUAUCAGAGGCGCCGAAAUGUACUCGCGCGUAUGAGGCAUACAAUCGGGCAGAGGUAGCAGCAAAGUCAGACCUCACAAUGCCUGUACCCAUGGCGGUCCGUAAUGCUCCGACAACCCUCAUGAAGGAGCUUGGCUAUGCAGAAGGCUACAAUUAUAACCCCAAUUUUCGGCAUCCCGUGUGCAAUGACUACCUCCCGAUUGCGUUCCGCGGCGAUAGUUUUUUAAAGGAAGUUGGAGACCUCUCGGACAAAGUUUGGGAUGAACGGGAGUUAUUGCGUUGGGAGCAAGAAGAGAAUGGCGGACGGUUAUGGGAAGGUCGCUCGUCCGCUCAACAUCGUCGUUGAACUCUGCAUCGUUUGGCUGUUGUCGAUCCCUCCUUUGAUGCUUCGCUACUGCAUUGCGGGCAACAUUGUAAUAAAACAACAAGU